AUGCCGUCUGCAAACGCGGAAAGACGUCGUCCCGAACAAAAAUCCAGUAACGGUCUCGAUGGUGAACAUGCACGAAAUCAAGCGGGUGUUUUAGAGCUAGACUAUGGCUCACCGGCUCGGAGUACACAGUUUCCUAAUCUCUCCAAAGGAAGCGAUACAGAAAUGGAGGAAACGAGAGACGAUAUUGACGAAGCAAUGCGGAGACGUCAUGUCGCGAACGAAGAAACCGACGAAAUUGUUGAGAAGCUAAAAAAGAAUGUAGAUACUUUCAUAAAGAAGAUCUCCGCUUUAGAAGGCCUGCUUCGUGAUGAAAAGGCCAUGGUAGAAAAGUUGCAAACAGAUAUGGCCGAGAAAACCGGAGAACACCAAACUAUCCAGGGAUUUAUGUCGAUUGCAAGUCAAAGAGCACAAAAAGAGAUACACGAAAAAGUGCAGCUUGAAGAAAAAAUCAUCAAACAAAAAACCGAAAUCAAUGAUCUGACAGCUGCAAGGCAAGAUCUUCAGAGACGCCUGAACGAAGCGAAUCGAAAGUUAAGUGUCGAGGUCGAGAAUGGAAAAAAUCUACAAUCAAAAUUCACUGCUGAAAUCGCCAAAACCCAUUUAUUGCGAGAAGAAAAGCAUACACUGGGAGAGGAGUUGGAGGAUAAGAAAAAGCUGCUAGAUAAACUUCGUGGAUGGUUCAGAACGAUUAAAGCGUGUGCGAAUGAUAAAACGCUCGAUAGCUACCUAGCUUAA